UAGACUGUUUAAUUCAAAGACUCCCUCCAUUUGUUGUGCGCAUGCGUCACAGCUGCACUGCAAUUGGUUAAACGGGAACAUUUACAGAGAAAGUAAAAAAACAUGAGUGCAAAGGACAAUGAUCGUGGCGAUCGUGCCAGUCGAUCUUCGUGCAACAGCAAGGCAACCAUGAUUGUUGUCUCUAACCGGCUACCGUUCAUUCUAAAGAGAGAUGAGAACGGAGUAUUACAGAGAAAGGCCAGUGCCGGUGGCCUAGUGACUGCAGUUGCGCCGGUUGUGAUUCGCGGCCAGGGUAACUGGGUAGGAUGGCCGGGCAUCCACCUCGAAGACCCCAACGAGAAGAUCCCUGAAUCGGAUCCUAAUGACAAGACCCCAACCGCUGGCCUGCGUUCGGAGAAAAUAGUCCCCAUUCGCGCGGAACCUAAACUUUUCGAUAGCUACUACAAUGGAUGCUGUAACGGGACAUUCUGGCCGUUGUUUCAUUCGAUGCCAGACCGUGCCACUUUCAUUGCUGACCACUGGAAGGCAUAUAUCAAGAUAAACGAGGAGUUUGCUGAGAAGACAGUCCACGCUCUCCAUCUGCUGAACAAACAAAAGAAAGACAAAAAUGGAAGUCCACCGAUCGUGUGGGUUCACGACUACCAUCUGAUGUUGGCGGCUAAUUGGAUACGACAGAGAGCUGAAGAAGAUGAGAUUAAAUGCAAGCUAGCAUUCUUUCUGCACAUACCGUUUCCACCGUGGGAUAUUUUUAGACUGUUCCCGUGGUCUGAUGAAGUUUUGCAGGGAAUUUUGGGUUGUGAUAUGGUGGGAUUCCACAUAGAGGAUUACUGUUUGAAUUUCAUUGACUGCUGCCAAAGAAACUUGGGUUGCCGUGUCGAUAGAAAAAAUCUUCUGGUCGAACUGGGAGAUCGCACCAUCUGCGUGAGACCGCUACCGAUCGGAGUGCCAUACGAGAGAUUCGUACAGCUGGCCCAAAACGCUAAGCCCGUGUUCUCUACAAGCCAAAAAGUGAUAUUAGGUGUUGAUAGACUGGAUUAUACCAAAGGAUUAGUGCAUAGGUUGAAAGCUUUCGAGAGAUUACUCGAGAAACACCCGGAGCAUAUCGAAAAGGUUGUUCUGCUCCAGAUCUCGGUGCCCUCUAGGACAGAUGUGAAGGAAUACCAAGAUCUGAAGGAGGAGAUGGAUCAGCUCGUUGGCAGGAUCAAUGGUCGAUUUACAACGCCCAAUUGGUCGCCGAUAAGAUAUAUUUACGGCUGCGUUGGUCAAGAUGAGUUAGCGGCGUUUUAUCGCGAUGCUGCUGUGGCACUUGUAACUCCAUUAAGAGACGGCAUGAACCUGGUCGCGAAAGAGUUUGUGGCUUGUCAGAUCAAUAAGCCUCCUGGAGUAUUAAUAGUGUCGCCAUUUGCUGGAGCAGGAGAAAUGAUGCACGAGGCUCUUAUAUGCAAUCCUUAUGAGCUCGACGAUGCGGCCGAAGUCAUUCAUAGAGCCUUAAUAAUGCCAGAGGAUGAACGGACAGUCCGCAUGAACCACCUCAGGCGGAGGGAGCAGUUGAACGACGUGGACAGCUGGAUGAAGGCGUUCCUCAAAGCGAUGGACUCUCUGGAGGAAGAGGCCGACGACCUUGGAGCCACUACCAUGCAACCAGUCACUAUUGACGAUUUCGAUGAAUAUUUAUCCAAGUACAUCGGGUACACACAGAAGCUAGCCCUGCUGUUGGACUACGACGGUACCUUGGCCCCGAUCGCGCCCCACCCGGACCUCGCCACGCUGCCUCUCGAGACCAAACACACCCUGCAGAGGCUCUCCAACAUGUCCGAUGUGUACAUAGCCAUCAUAUCGGGGAGGAACGUGGACAACGUCAAGCAAAUGGUCGGUAUCGAAGGCAUCACGUAUGCGGGUAACCACGGUCUGGAGAUCUUACAUCCUGACGGCAGCAAGUUUGUCCAUCCAAUGCCGAUGGAGCUGCAAGACAAGGUCGUUGACCUGCUCAAAUCACUGCAGGAGCAGGUAUGCAAAGACGGAGCUUGGGUUGAGAACAAAGGAGCGUUGCUAACGUUCCACUACCGCGAGACUCCCGUGCCGAAGCGGGCCGCGCUGGCCGAGCAGGCCCGCAAGCUCAUCACGGCCUCGGGCUUCACCCCGGCGCCGGCGCACUGCGCGCUGGAGGCGCGGCCCCCGGUGCAAUGGGACAAAGGACGAGCUUCGAUCUACAUCUUGAGGACAGCAUUCGGUUUGGACUGGAGCGAAAGGAUCAGGAUCAUAUACGCCGGUGACGACAACACCGACGAAGACGCUAUGCUGGCUUUAAAAGGUAUGGCUGCCACCUUCCGCAUCGUAUCAUCGAACAUCAUAAAAACGUCGGCAGAACGACGUUUGUCCUCCACCGACUCUGUACUGGCGAUGCUGAAGUGGGUCGAACGCCACUUCUCGAGACGCAAGCCCAGAGCGAAUUCACUAACGUACAAGAACGCCAGGAAGGCCAGGGAUACAAUACAGAUGCAUAUGUCAUAUCAAAUGCCUUCGAAGACAUCGCCCAGACACUCUCCCCCACAUACUCCGGACAAAGGCUCAAGCGGCUCGGACUCGAGCUAAGAACUAAGCAACAAUUCCAACUUAUUCAAUUAAAACGCCCCAUGGUUUUUUUUACACUCAAAUUUUACUGGUUGUAGGACGUCUGGUGAGUCCGCACGGGUAGGUACCACCGCCCUGCAUAUUUCUGCCGUGAAGCAGU